AUGACCGACGUCGCGUCAGUUCGUUCAGAAAUCAAGACUUGGGAGCGCUCAUUCAAGGAGGAACAUGGAAGGCACCCUUCUGUAGAAGAUGUCAGAAAUAAUCCUUCAAUUGCCGAUAAGUACAGGGUUUACAAGAAGCUCACAAAGGCAUUACAAAACCCUGCGCUGCCCAAAUCAGGUCCAGUUAAACAAACUGUACCUCUGACCAGCUUCAAUCCAUUUUCACCGACGAAGACCAAGGGAAAACAAAAACAACCUGAAUCACCUCUGCAAACGAAGUUUUGGCAAUCCAAUAAUCCAUUUGCCACACCUUCCAAGCUGACUCCAAACCCUCGCAUUCGCGAACCUUCACCUUCACCUGCUUUGCCGCAUUCGGCAGCGUCCAUCUCUACUUCUGCGUUGAAACUCCCUAUCGCCCCUCUUAAUGCGAUCCCCGAGCCACCUGAUGCUGUAGUACGGGCUCGUAAGCGUUUACGCGGUGAACCAGUCUCGCCAUCUCCUAAUAAAGAUAAACGUCGUCGUGUUCAUUCAUCCCAACAACCAUUCGCACGCCGGCACAGUGCUGAAUCAUCGAGUAGUGGUGACGACGACGACGGGAUCGCCAGCUCUUCCUUCUUCGAUGAUUCUCCCAUGAAAGCGCCCUCCGGCUGUGGAUCGAGGGCCUUCAAGGUGCUCUUCGAAGACAAGGAAUCCCUCAGUGCUACUAACAAGAAAUUGCAAGCUGCGUUGGGAAGAGCAAGGUCGAACAAUUCUUCGACUGGGCUAUUUGGUAAAGCUGUUAAAUAUACCUCUUCUAUAAGCUUUGACGACGAGAUGGGUUGGGAGGAUGGCACUAGUGCCGGAAAACGGGAACCUGCGGCCUCGUCAAAGGCUAUCACCGCGAAACAGCGAUUGAGACGAUGGGCACCUACGAAGGACAAUCUUAACGAGCCCGGUCAGCAAGGUAUUCGAGAACCACCGAGCAAGGUCAAUGUUGCAAAGAAACCACCAAAACGUGUCGCUGUCUCCGACGCCUCGGACGACGAUCGACGUCAAGGCUCAUGUUCCACCUCCGUUAAACCAAUACUAUUUCCCCUACUUCCACCUUCGCCCCCGCCUGCCGAUUCCUCGUCCUCUAACGUUCCAAAGAAUUCAGCAUUAAUAAAGAUCAAGGGAAAAACUAAUCAUAAGAAGGCAAAACUAACGGCUAAGGACAACGAGGACGAAGAUGAAGACAACAGUGCCUCGGAUACAACACGCAUUAAAGUCGUUCGUCCUCGAUCGUUUACACGCGGUGUGACACCUCAUAUAGGAGAUGAUAAUACUGCGGGUAGUGACAACGAGGAUAUGGAUAGUAUAGAUUCAGAUCCCAUACUACGGUAUUUCCAACACGCCCGUCCAAAUAGUGGUGGUGGAUUUACCUCAUUUGUAUCAUCGGAGGGAGAAGAAGAUUUUGCAGAAGAUGAAGACGUGGAUCAUUUUGCCGAAGUCGAGUUUGACACUACUGGCAGGACACGGCUGUCACACCACAAAAAACGCGAUGACACGCAUGGUGAAGGCUCAGUCGAAGUCAAUCUUCCGGAUAAGUUAAAGGACUUGUUGGCAUUAUCAGCGUCUGAUUCACGGGCACGCGAUGAAAACCUGAAGCAAGAUUUGGUUGUGGAAAAGCUCUUAUAUGGGAGGCGCGGGGGACAUUACGACGGUUCGAGAGGAGGAGAGAUUUGGGAAAUUGGUGAUGUAAGUGGGGUAGACUACGAAGAUGACGGGAACCCACUGGAUUUCAAACAUAAACGUGUAGAGGCGAAGGGUGAAGAGGAUGAUUGGGAAGGAGAACCUAUUCCCUGGGAAAUCGGAGAGCUAUAA